AUGGCUAAGCCUAUGGAUGUCGUAAAUAGAUCACGAACUACAUUUAAAGGUAAAAUUACCCGCCUAGAAAACUUUCUACAAAUUGAUGACCUGCAUGACAUCACGGAGUUAAAUGUCAAACUUAGAAGUGUAGAAGUCUUAAAAAAUCGAAGUGAGUCAUUGCGACAAGAAUACUACAACUUGGACAUUCAACCUGGUGAUAUUGACACCAUCGAUACUGAUUUGAAUCAGUGUGAUGAACGGCUGGAUAAUUUAGAGGUAGGAAUUUUGAAAUUAAUGAAUUCUAAUAAACUAUUGAACUCUGAUUCUAAUAACAAGACAGAGAAUAAACAUAAACUAAAUGAUAACUUAGAAACUGUAUUAAAAAUUCCUCCAGUAAAUCUUCCUAUAUUUACCGGAAAAUAUGAACAUUUUUCUAGUUUUAAAAAUCAAUUUGAUGAUUUAAUUGCUUCUAACAGUCAACUUAGCGAAACACAGAAACUAUAUUAUUUAAAUUCUUGUCUUGCUAAUGAAGUGGAAGAAUUUGCUUCAACCUUUGAUACAUUUACUUCUUUAUAUGAAGCAUUAAUUUCAAGAUAUGACAAUAAAAGAUUAGUCGUAGAUAUNAGAAAAUAG